UUAAUAUUCAAAUUUUUACUAGAAAAAAUCUUUAUAUUUAAUCAUAUCUCAAACAAAUUCUGUCUCGAAAAUGAUAGGUGAGAAGAAAAAAAAAACUAUAUAUCAUGAAAGGACAAAUCAUGUGAGUUUUCCGGAAAAGUGAUCAGUAGGAGCUAUUCUUAAUUUCCUAUACAGAGUAUGUAUUUAGCUAUUUAUUUAUUUAUAUGUUUAAUUAUUAUAGCCUCGCAUAGAAUCUGUUUGAACGGUAAAAUAAAUUUGAAAAACCUAAAAGAAAACGCGGGCUAAUUUUCAUUCCACCCUCCUUCCCCAAAAUUUCCUUUACAGCCUCGCAAUAUCAUCAAUACAUACAUUUCCCAUAUAAAUUCACAAACCCAACACGCCAAAACCCUCAAAUCAAAUCUCUCUCUCCCGACCAAUCCCCAGAGAGAUUCGGCAUCCAACCUCAGAUCUUCAUUCUAUUCCGAUUUCAUAUUCUCAAUGGAACCUCUCCCUGAUGCCAUUCUUCAAUACAUCUUGUCCCAUAUCAAUAAUGCCCGCGAUGUGGCGGCUUGCAAUUGUGUUUCUAAGCGAUGGAAGGACUCAAUGGCUUACAUCAGAAUGCUCUACUUCCCUCGCAACUCAUUUGAUAACCCUUCUCUUGGUGAAAGUACGGACGACAUUGUGAAAAGAAUGGUAUCAGCAGUUGUGCGAUUGGAAGAACUAGUUGUAUACAGCCCCUUCUCCACAUCCGGCCUUGCUUCAUGGCUAUCACUUGUUGGUAUGUCUCUUUCUCAGCUCGAGCUUCGAAUGGACUACCUUGCUGAAAGUCAAGACUCCCAUGAAAGCCCUUCAAAAUUGGAUUGCAUUGGUGCAGCAAGGAAUUUGGAAUCUCUAAAACUCUGGGGUGUCUUAAUGAUGCAUUCCCCAAAAUGGGAUGUCUUCCAAAAUCUUAGAACCCUUGAAAUAAUUGGUGCAAGAUUGGAAGAACCUGUAUUGACUGUGGUGCUUCAGUCAUGUCCAUAUCUGAGAAGGUUGCUACUGCUUGGAUGUGAAGGGGUAGCAUCGAUCUCAAUUGACCUUCCCUAUUUAGAGCAGUGUAAGCUGGAUUUUUAUGGUCCAGGGAACUGUUCACUUACGCUAUCCUCCCCAAAAAUUGAAUCCCUUGAGGUACAAGGCUGUAGUUGGAUUAGGGUUCCUGAAACCCAGCAUUUGAGGAAUCUUUCAAUAUCCAAUAGUGCAGGGAGAGUGUAUAUGGUUGAUUUUGGAAAACUUCCAGCUCUGGUGUUCCUGUCUAUGAGGGGGAUCCAGUGGUGCUGGAAUGCAAUAUGCAAAAUGCUGAAAUUGGCCAGUGAGGUGAAGCAUAUUUAUAUGAAGGUGGAAUUCACUGGGGACUAUGAGGCUCUUCAAUCCUUUCCAGAGAUCGAUUUUGUUGAUUUUUUCAACAACCAUCCCAAGCUGCGCAAGUUUGACAUCCAUGGAGCCAUGUUUGCAGCACUUUGCCAGAGGAACAGCCUGAAACAUGUGGAUCCGGGAUUUUUAAUUCCAUGUUUGGAGGAGGUUGUGAUCACAGUGAGGUCACCACUAAAUGCUGAACAAAAAAUGAGUACUCUUGAAUCCUUGUUGAAGUAUGGCAAAAAGCUAAGGACUAUGGUAAUCAAGAUUCUUCAGAUGAAGAGCUCUCAUAGCAGCGCUGAUGAUUUUUUUGAUGAGAUUUGCCGAUUGAGAUACAUGAACCAUGGAAUAGUUCGAAUAGAAUAAAGCUUAGAGCAUGCGAUUAUUUAUUGAUACAUUCUUAAUACAGGACAUUGUGUGUUGGUUUCCAGUUUCAAAUGGACUGCUGAGUUGAUCGCGUCUCAAUUUUGAGGAGCUAAUUUCUUAUUUUAAAUGUAAUUUGAAACUUUUUUUUUUAUAAUCAAGAGGUGGAAUUUUCCUUCCA